AUGUUUCUGUUGAACAAUCGGAUAGUUCUAACUUGGCUACUACAUUAUGACCAGAGUAUUCCAACAGUCCUACAAUCAACCAAGAUGUAUCUCUCAACUAUCCUCCCCCUCCUCUCGCUCACCACUCUCGCCCUCUCUACCCCAACAAUCCACAACAACCACCUGGGCCCAAGAGUCAUCCCUUACCGCGCCUUCCCCUCCUCCUCAAGCAGUGGCCUAUUGAUACCAAGCAGCACGCCAGCACCCGUGCACCGAAAACUAGGCCAUGCUAUAGUGCACAACAACUGCGAAUUCCCAGUCUAUCUCUGGUCCGUGGGCUCGACGGUCCUACCGGAGCAAACCCUUCUCCCCAAUGACGAGUACAACGAGGUCUUCCGCGAGAACCCAGACACUGGCGGCAUCGCUAUCAAGAUCAGCACCGACCGUGACGGGCUGUAUACUAGUUCUCCGCAGAUGAUCUUCGCGUACAAUCUUUCCUCUACGAAGGAACGCGGCGAGAGACAGGAUAAAGUGUGGUACGAUCUCUCUGAUGUCUUUGGGGAUCCGUUUGUGGGUUAUCCCGUUAAUCUUACGCCUGCUGAGCCGUUGAUCUCUUGGAAGGAUGGGGUUCCGCCCGCUGGGAGUCAGGUGAGGGAUGUUGAUGCUUCGAGGGAUUUGGUUCUGGCGCUUUGUUGA